AUGGAACUUAUCGAGCUCUUAGCCAUACCAGGAUAUUUCGAUUUCCUUCGCAGCGGAAAACAUCCCACUAAAUCAAUGAUGGUGUUGGGCGAACCUGAAACGGUUGAUACCGAACGACUGGAAACGGAGGACCACCCAUCUGAGAGGGGAGAUGCAAGUGCAACGCAAAGGCAAAACAAAGGUAAGCGCCCCGACAUAAGAUGGCACGAGUCCCCGUUGAUCACCGGUGCCAAAAUGGGCCUCCAUGACUUCGUCUGGAAAAUUCUACAAGUAUGCCCACAGUCAGCAACGUAUCUCGACACGGACGGCACAAGUGUUCUCCAGGCGGCCAUCAAAUACGGUCGCAAAGAGAUCGUGGAAACUAUCGUUGAGAUGACUCAGGGCGACCACGCCGUUCUACCCGCCUGGCUACUGUCCAGCAUCGACGUGGAGUCCCGAAACACCAUUCUGCAUUUUGCUUCUGACAAAACCCCUUAUGCCCAGGCAGAUGCAGUCCAACUCCAAGAUGACCUUAAAUGGUUCGAGAAGGUGGCAAAGAUUGUUCCCAAAGAACUGGCCAACAGUCGAAAUAGCGAAGAGAAGACAGCACAAGAACUGUUCGCUGAGAAGCACCAGAAGAUGUUCAAGGGCUGCAGGAGCCAACUUAUAGACAUGGGGAAGACAUGUUCCGGCCUUCUGGCAGCCGUGGUUUUCGCGUCCAGCUUCUCCAUCCCCGGCGAGAAGGACCCCAAGACCGGCAACCCAGUUUACUUCGACAUGCCUGCCUUCAAGGUCUUCUCCCACGCCUACGUCAUCGGCUUGUCCUGCGCCGUCACCUCGCUGGUGUUGUUCUUAUCCCUCGUCAUCUCACCUUACUCCCAGCGGCAGUUCCGUCUGGCCAUCCCCGUCAAGUACUUCUUUGCCAUCCUUUCUUUUGCCAUGGCCCUGCUGGCUCUCAUGGUGUCAUUCGCCUGCAACAUCUUCCUCCAGAUCUACGGUGGGCAGCCGACGACCACAAGGGACCUGCUUCCACUUGUACUGGAGCUCACCGUGUUUCCCACCCUCUGCCUCCUUGCCCUGGUCUAUUACGGCGCCAAUCUUUUUCCAUCUUUUCGUCGUAUUUGGACGUAG